AUGGAACCAUUUAUAAAUAAAUUUAUUGAAAAAAUGACAAGCAAAUCAUUUUAUGUAGGUGAACAAAGCAGUUAUGAUGCUGAGAGAUAUAGUAAUAGACAAGAGACUGGCAGUGUCCAGAUGUUAGAUCCACUCAAUAGAUUGAAUGGACAGGCAGCCAGUCACAGUGACUACUCACUGAUUGAGCAGGAUCUUAAUAGAAUGUCUCUUAAUAUCAUUGAUUCCAUAACCAAUGGCAUUCAAGGAAGCGGCGAGUAUGCAGGUGGUCCAACUCAGCUAACGCAUCCACUACUGAAAAGCAUCGGAACCUACUACUUUGAGAUGAAGGGUAAACGUAUACGACCGACUGUUCUACUGCUACUGGCGCGUGCAAUCACCAGUAACGAUUGUCCGAGCGAACCUAUUUCAGAAUCACAGUUGAAGUUGGCUCAGGUUGUGGAGAUGCUGCACACGGCAAGUCUGGUUCACGACGAUGUAAUCGAUGGUGCCGAUACAAGACGUGAGAUGGCAUCCGUAAAUUGUGCCUAUUCCAACAAACUCGCGAUUCUCUGUGGUAAUUUCCUCACCGCCAGAACCAUUGUUUUGCUUUCCACACUGAGAAAUCAUCAUGUCACAGAGCUUGUCUCCAAUAUCAUAUCGGAUCUAGUCGAUGGUGAGUUGAUGCAGAUCAAGUCGAAUUCCACCUCAUUCGAAAGCUACAUUAGAAAGACCUAUCUCAAAACGGCGUCGCUCUUUGCAAACGGCUGUAGAUCAAUAGCAGUUCUCUCUGGUGCAGACGCAAACAUGACAAAUAUGGCAACUGAAUUUGGAAAGAAUUUAGGUUUGGCUUUUCAAAUUAUUGAUGAUUUGCUGGAUGUAACAGGAUCUUCUGAAUCUUUAGGUAAACCGGCAUCGGUUGAUAUGUCACUUGGAUUGGCAACAGCACCUGUACUCUUCGCACUCGAAGAAUAUCCCGAUUUGGAAGUACUGAUCAAUAGAAAGUUUUCUGAAAGUGGUGAUGUUGAUAUAGCUAAUCAAUUGGUUUUAAAGAGUAAUGCCAUUGAGAAAACGAAAUCACUUGCAAUUGAGUAUUGCAAUAAAUCUAUUGAAUUUUUGAUGAAACUACCACAAUCACAAUCAAGAGAUUUACUCAUCACUUUAACACAAUCUAAAGUCAUUAGAUUCGAUUUAAUUGGUUUAAAAUCUACUAUAUCAAUGAGUUUGUUUGUCAAGUGCUCGGUAUUGAUAAUUGACGGUAUUGGAUGUAGAAUUUAA